AUGAAAUUUAACAUAAAUAGGUUCCAAAUUUUUAGUUUAGAGUAAAAAUGUAUAAAUAUAUAAUAAUUUUAGGUUUACAUUUAACAUUAGAAUUAGAAAUAGACAUUUCCUAAGGUUAAUGUCCUUGUUCAUAGUUCUCUUAUAAUAAUUGUGAUAGAGUUUCUAAGUGUUCAUGGAAUGGACAAAAUUGUUAAGAUUUAAAUUGUAAUCAGAGAAAUGAAACUUGGUGUAAAGGUUGGGAAACUGAUUAUCAGUGUAUAUGGGAUUCUAUGCUUUAAAAAUGUGAUGAGUCUUAAAAACUCAAUUGCUAAGCUAUAACUUCUUAUGAAUAUUGUCUAAAUUCUCAACUUUUUGACCUUGAUUGCUCUUGGACAAAUGAUAAUAAUUGCCAAAAUUUUUCUUGUUUUAUUGAUUAAUUUUGUCCAAUAAAUAGAUGUUCAAUGAUAGAUGGAAAAUGUUCAGAACCCCUAAAUAAUUUUCAAUGUUCCUCUUUAGCUCUAGGUUAAUGCAAUAUUUAAACUGGGAAUUUAUUUCAAUGUUAUAGAAAUAAUACUGAUAAAUGUUAGUAAUAUAAUUUAAUAAAUGUUGAUUGUUCUUAAUGGAGCGAUUUCAGAUAAAUGUGUUCAGCUUUUAAAGAUUUAUGUAUUUAUAAAAAUGAUAAAUGCGAACAAUUGACUUGUAAUGAUAAAACAGACUAAAAUACAUGCACUUUUGUUUAUACAAUGGAUUAUGCAGCUAUAAUACCAUGUUUUUGGACUGAAUCUAAAUGUGAGGAAGCUAAACAAGAAAAUCUUUAAACAUUAUUGAUAGAUGAUUGUUAAAUUCAAACUUAUUUUACAUAUAGUAUUUCAGAAAAUAAUGAAUGCGGAAAAUGUAUUUUAAAGAAAGAAGAAUCAAAUAAUUAUGAAAUCUAUCUUUAAACUAUUAUUCCUAUAUGUUGCAUCAUGUUGAUUUUUGCUUCUGUAUUUUACUGUAAGAGUACAAAAAUACUCUGCUUCAAACCCUAAAACCAAUAUCGAAUACGACCUGAGCCACCUAUAGGUGACUAAUCGAGAUAAAACUGAGUUAGACU